CAGGGAGCACACACACGGAGACACGCACUGCUUUCGCACAUUGUGUGUGGAUGCACAAGAGGCUGCACACUUUUUGAAUGACUGUUGAUGUGAGGCUUGUGUUCUGGAUGGUGGAUCUGAUGUGUCGGGAAGCGUUGUAAUGACCUAAUACUGUUGAGGGUUAAAAUGUAGUCUGUCCAUUCAGUUGAUGGGUAAAUACAUUUGAAGUGGGACUUGAAGUUAUUAGUUAUAUUUUUUUGGAUAAAUCAUAAAGGCUGGUAUUUUUCGGUGAACAUAAGGACAUAAGCAGGAAUCACAUCAUGGAUGUUACGUUGGACGUGAUUAACCCAGCGAUUUCAAGAGCUCUGUUGCUGGCAUGUGUGACUCUGUUGUUCUCCCUCCACCUGCGGCGGUGGCUCAGGCAGCGGUCUGACCGCUGCCCGCCCGGUCCGCUCGCCUGGCCGGUCAUCGGGAACGCUGCGCAAAUGGGCAAGGCGCCGCACCUGUAUUUUACGCGCUUGGCGAAGAAAUACGGCAACGUCUUCCAGAUUAAGCUCGGCUCUCGGGCCGUGGUGGUGCUGAACGGUGACUCCAUCAAACAGGCGCUGGUCAGACAGGGACUCGAAUUUGCUGGCAGACCGGACUUCAACUCCUUCCAGUACGUCUCCAGCGGGGACAGCCUCGCGUUCAACACCAUCACGGAUUGGUGGAAACUGCACCGCAAAGUGGCCCACUCCACUGUGCGGAUGUUUUCCACCGGGAAUCCACAAACCAAAAAGACAUUUGAGCACCACAUUCUCUGCGAGUUCAAAGAGCUCCUGCAGCUGUUUCUUGGGAAAACCAAGGCGCACGGAUAUUUCCAGCCCAUGACAUAUCUCGUGGUGUCCACAGCCAACACAAUGAGCGCGGUGUGCUUCGGGAAAAGGUACUCCUAUGAUGACCAGGAGUUUCAGCAGGUGGUGGGCAGGAACGAACAGUUCACCCAAACAGUGGGCGCAGGAAGCAUAGUGGACGUGAUGCCCUGGCUCCAGUACUUCCCAAACCCAAUCAAAACAGUAUUUAACAACUUCAAGAAACUCAACAUGGAGUUUGGUGUGUUCAUUCGAGAUAAGGUUAUUGAACACAGAAAAACAAUCAAGUCAAGCACCAUCAGGGACAUGACAGAUGCUUUUAUAGUGGCGCUGGACAAACUAAGAGAACAAAAAGGGGUUUCAUCAGAGAAAGACUAUGUGCCCCCCACUGUUGGGGACAUAUUUGGAGCAAGUCAAGACACACUGUCAACUGCACUGCAGUGGAUCAUCCUCAUACUUGUCAAGUAUCCUGAGAUGCAGGUGCGUCUCCAGCAGGAGGUGGACAAUGUGGUGGACCGCAGCCGGCUCCCCUCCAUCGAUGACCAGCCGCAGCUGCCUUACGUCAUGGCCUUCAUCUACGAGGUGAUGCGCUACACAAGUUUCAUACCGCUCACCAUCCCCCACUCCGCCACCACAGACACCUCCAUCAUGGGCUACACCAUCCCAAAGAACACAGUCAUUUUCAUCAACCAGUGGUCUAUAAACCACGACCCAGCCAUGUGGUCCCAUCCAGAGACCUUUGACCCCCAGCGUUUCCUGGACCAGAGCGGUGCGCUGAACAAGGACAUAGCCAGCAGCGUGCUCAUCUUCUCCCUGGGCAAGAGGCGGUGCAUCGGCGAGGAGCUCUCCAAGAUUCAGCUGUUCCUCUUCACGGCCUUAAUGGCUCACCAGUGCCUCAUCACUUCGGACCCGGCCAGACCCCCCAAACUGGACUACAACUAUGGUCUGACUCUGAAGCCUCAGGCCUUCUCCAUAGCAGUGUCUCUCCGUGAUGACAUGAGGCUGCUGAAUGUGGCCACCAGGCAUGCGUUCGCUGCCGAGGUCAAAGGCGAGCCCUCAUCAGACUCAAACUAAAAAACUAAAACUAGAAAAGUGCACUCAGUGGAGCGCAGAUCUCCUGCAGGCCUGGUGUCACCAAACGUAUAAAUAACACGCUCAGUGACUCAUUUUGCGUGUUGUCACAAUGCCUUUUUUGCUUCUUGCGUGUCAUUUCACGCCAUUCAGUCUCUACUGACUUAUAUUGUGCAAAGACUAUUGUCAUUUUACACGUGAAUGUCACAGAGAGAAACAUGUCAGGUGAGAACGCAUGAAGAGCCAGAAAGUCCGCCUAGGGACAAGGUCGGGAUGGAGGGCUCAGACUGGUCUGAAUGUAAUCGACAGGUGUUCCAGAGGACGGGAACGCCCUCUGUUAUGAUUGACUCCUGUUGUACCUGAACACUCACUUUUUCUUCUUCUCUACUUUGUCCUUUUUGCCCCAGAUGUAUAUCUGUGCAACAAAUAAAUUAAUUAAUUAAUUUUCAAACUUAAAAAAUUAUUCUUUUCACACCCAUUUGGGAUGCAUUAAAAACAACCGAGAAGUAUCAUAGGCUUUCUAAUAAAAUGAAAUAGAAAACCCCAGGAAUGUUUAUUUACAACAAUGUUUGAUGUACACAUAAGACAGAAGUUCAUUUAAAUUUCUCUCUCACACACACACACACACACAGAGGCCACAUCUCACACUACCAGCAGUCCACCUGGGACUAAUCUGGUUUAAUACAACAUUAAAUACAGUCUGACAUACAACUUAGCCUCUUCCUUUUGAUUCAUCAAGGUGGAGGACUGAAGUCAGCUGCACAUCGCUGGCCUCAGUGAUGGCCUUCCAAGUCUCAACCAGACCUCAGUACAGGCGACAUUGCGGUUACAGGAGUUAGAAGCUUAAAGAGCUGCUGUAACACACCCUUGUGAUUGUGUGGGAAUACCAAUGGAUUUAUUAGUAGAAGCCAUCAAGCUUACAGGGACGUCAUAGUGUUGUCAUGCUUUCUAUUAAUAUUUUUGCUGUCAGAUUUUAACAAUAAAAUGUCUGUAAUAAAAUGAAAAUCCUCAGUACUACUAACAUGUUCUUUUAAAUAUAUAGUGUAAAUGCUUAGUUACUCAGGAAUAAGGUGAAUGAAAUAGCAAAUAUUUUUUGGCAUUUAUUUGAAUUAGAAUGCUUUUGAAAUGCAUCUAUAUUCUGAAACUUACUGUAGCUGUUUGAAAAACAAGGCAAAGAAGCGUAAAGGGUAUGCCAAACCGACCUGCAUGUUUCUGUCAACUGUUGUCCAAUGCACAUAUGAAAAGUUGAAUAUUAGCUCAGUGUCAUUUACUUCUCUGUUUUUGUUACAACCUUUUAUAUUUCUGUUUGAAUGUUGUAGAAUGCUGCUUUAUGGAAAACCUUUCACUUCAUUUUUUCAUCUCCAUGCUAAAGAUGCCAGUAACCAAAUUAUGUCUUCUUCCUAUGGUUUUAUUUACAGAAAUAUUCAUGCUGUCAAAACGAGGGUUAAGAUACUGGGGGUCACUUUUGACAUUCUUUAUAUACUCAUUUAAUUGCUGUCUCAGCAUGGGAGACCUUCUUGGAUUUGAGCAUUUGUUUGCUUUCGGCUGUAUCAUUUUUUCAACCUGGCUGUGUCAUGACAUGUUUACAGUGGUGGAAGAUGUAUUCAGAUCCUUUACUUAAUUAAAAUAACUAAUACCACACUGUGAAAAUACUCCACGUAAGGCCUGUAUUAAAAUCUUACAAAAGUAACAAAUAUAUUAUCAGCUAAAUGUACUUCUAGUAUAAAAAGAAAAAGUAGUUAUUCUGCAGUAAAAUGACCCUUGUAAGUGUUUUACUGUUAGUCCAUAUAUAAUCUUUUUGUUGCUUCACUGUGCAUGUUGCAUUUUACUGAUAGAUGUUUAAGGUUGAGAUCAUUUUUACUACUUUAUAUACUGUUUAUACAGUGCAUCAUAUUCUACUCAUCAUAUGUUUGAUGUGUUGCUGUCCUGUGAGAACCACAUAUCUCUAAUAAGUGCAUUUUCCAGCUGAUCCAAGGCGGGUUUAAAUAGUUUAUUUAUCUUAAGAAGGAAGUAGGAGAAUGUUCUCAACCUAUAAAGGAAAAAAACUGGGAAAAAAAACUAAUUCAAAAUCACCAACUCAGGAAAUACAUGGUUUUCACUAGAUAGGAAUUAUAUAAAAAAUAUAACUAGUAACUAAAGCUGUCAGACAAAUUCAGUGUAGUAAAAAGUAAAAUAUCUUCCGAUGAGACUCAAGUAAAGCGCAAGUAGGCUUACCUCGAAUUUGUUCAAUACUUCAGUAAACUGCAUGUUUGAACCCAUGAUGGAAAUUACAUCUUUCCGGAGGGUGGUGUGGUUCUCAGCCUCUGAGUCAUGUUUUAAAAUACUGCAUAUGUAUAAUAUACAGUGCUGUUGUGUACAGUGCAGGAGAAGAAAAUAAAACAAAAC